CGAUUCUAGUCAGCGGUAUCAAUAUUCCGCUUAGUCACUUUCGAGGAGUCUGUUAACUUCAGCUGUCUCGAGGCGCGGCGUCUGCUCUCCUCCUCACUGUCUCGUUUCAUCUCCAGCCCAACACACUGGAAUAUCAAGCACAGCUUCCAAAUGGAGGAAUCAGACAAAGUUUCAUCCACUGCACCUGACGAAGCUCCGCACGAUGCUGCCCUGAAUGAAGCCGCUGCAGGCGGGCAGACACGGACAGACGCGCGGAACGAGGAGGAGAUGACCGAGAAAACCGGUUCUCCGCAGACUACUGAGGUAACUAGUACUUCACAGACUACUGAGGUAACUAGUUCUCCACAAAUAACUGAAGAAACUAGCACUUCACAAACAACUGAGGAGACUAAAGUUAGUACUUCACAGAUUACUGAGGUAACUAAUAACGUUAGUCCACAGACAACCGAGAAAACUGGUGCUCCACAGAGAGCUGAGGAGACUAACGUUAGUUCUCCACAAACAACUGAGGUAACUAGUACUUCACAGACAAAUGAGGAGACUAGUGCUCCACAGAUUACUGAAGAAACUAGUGCUCCCCAGACAACCGAGGAGACUAAAGUUAGUACUUCACAGACAACUGAGGUAACUAAUAGUCCACCAAUAACUGAGGAGACUAGUACUUCACAGAUUUCUGAAGAAACCAGUGCUCCACAGACAGCUGAGGUAACUAAUAACGUUACUCCACAAAUAACCGAGGUAACUAGUACUCCUCAGAUUACUGAAGAAACUAGUAUUUCACAGACAACCGAGAAUACUAGUGCUCCACAGAUUGCUGAGGAGAUCAGUGCUCCACCGAGAGCUGAAGACACCAGUCCUCCGCAGAUAACCGAGUUAACUAGUCCUCCAGAGCCGGCGGAGGAAAGCGCUGCUCCAGCUGAAGGGAAGCGCGGCAGCACAGAGGCAGAGGUGACAUCUACUUCACAGACGGAUGAAGUGAUCGCCGCAGAGGCGACAGAAGAAACAUCACCCCAGCAGACUGAAGCGCGAGAGGACAGCGUUACUCCUCCGGCGUCGGCGGCGCGCGUGACUCCAGCAGCGGAGGUGAGCAGCUCGUGCGCGGCUCAGACAGUCUCGGAGAGCCGCAGAGAUCUCUCAUCUGAAGCGCCUGAGGAGGAGGAGGAGGCACACCCGCACACUCUUCAUCCAUCACCAUCCCAUGAUCCCGAACCUUCUGCUGCUCCUGCCGUCGCUCCUGCGCUCUUUCAGCCUCCGUUUCCAUCAGACCACUGGGAUUCUCCAUCUGUAGCUUCACAGGCCACCACUGAUCUCACUAUGGAUUCACUGGGACAUAAAGACUCGGCGGGACUCGACCCGGAUGUGCUAAGUCAGUCAGAUGACGACUUCAUGUCUGAAAUGAAGAAGAGUCUCCUUCAGGCGUUCUCCCCUCUUAACGACGGUCUCGGGGAAAGGUCCGUGGAGGUGUCCGACAGUCCGUCUCCAGACCUGGUCCAAGAUGCAUAUGAUGGAGAUGACGUUCACGCGCAGACCAGAGAAAUUCAACAGGAGGCUGGAGUGGACGCAGCGCUCUCCCUUUCAUACGCUUCAGAUGUCAACACCAUGUCUGAUGACCGGCCGACGUCUCUCCCAGAUAUCUUGAAAUCUUCUCCGAUGAACCCUGAGAAAGAGGACUCGGGCUCCUCAGAAGAAAGCCCUGAUUUCAGCCCUGUUCAUAGAAGUGUGAACGAGUCCGCUAAUUCCCCGUUCUCUGUGUCUGCCAACAGUCUGCUUGAAUUUGACUCCAAGAUUUUGCUGCUGAAGGAGAUGACCGAGGUCACGGAGGCGAAAGCUGCAGAAAAGGCUAAGCUGGAAGCGGAGAAGAACUCGGAGCAAAGUUUUGCUGCUUUCGAUCUUGUGAAAGAGACCGAUGUGCCUGCAAAGAGUGAUGGUCUUCUGAAGGACAAGGAUGGUGUGGAGGUGUUAAGCCAGACUUCUGUUAAGACGACGAGCAAAUUUGAACAUCUCAACUUCCCAUCGGGAAAGGCUCAAGAACACUGGGAUUCUGAGAGUCCGUCUGCAGACUCCUUCUCGCCGGUGUUGGACGCAGUGACACAGAAACCGCUGAGCUUCACCGCGGAGCAGGAGCGGCGAGCCGCAGACGAGGCGUCCGAGCAGGAGGUCUCGUCUGAAGAGUUUGAGUUUGUUGAGAGGCCGCCUCAAGGUGCCGUGGAGGAAUUUCUGGAAAUGCAGGACAGCCUGACGUUUGUUAAACCAUCGGAAGUGCUUCUGGAUGAAGACAGAUCUCCUGAACCGGAGGAUCCAGCGCCUGUAGCCAAUCAAAGCUCUUACCAUCUUCUCAACCAGGCGUCAGACAAAUCCUCCGCCGCGAGAGGAAAGGCAGGCCUGGAAUCUGAUUUCCAAGAUACUCCAGUAAUCUGUCCUCCAGCGGAUAAAGCUGGAGCCGGGAAGCAGGAAGCUGAAGGCGAAGAAGGAAGUCAAAUGUCAGAUCUGAGAGCGGCAGCAGUGCUGGAUCUGCUGCACUGGCGGGACGUGAAGUCGAGCGCGCUGGUCUUCGGCUCCAGCCUCUUCGUCCUCCUCUCCCUCACCUGCUGCAGCAUCAUCAGCGUUCUGUCCUACGCCGCGCUGGCUCUGCUGUCCGUCACCGUGACCUUCAGGAUAUACAAGGGAGUCCUGCAGGCCAUCCAGAAGUCUGAUGAAGGACAUCCGUUCAAAUGGUUCCUGGAGAAGGACGUUGCUCUGUCCAGAGAGGCGGUGCAGAAGCACAGUGACGUCGCUCUGAGCCGGAUCAACGGCGUGCUGAAGGAGCUGCGGCGUCUGUUUCUGGUGGAGGAUCUGGUCGACUCUCUGAAGUUCGCCGUGUUGUUGUGGAUCUUCACGCAUGUCGGUUCCUGGUUUAACGGACUCACGCUUCUCAUUCUCGGUCUGGUUGGAGCGUUCAGCGGCCCGAUAAUCUACGAGAAGCAUCAGACUCAGAUCGAUCAGUUCAUUUCCACGGUGAGCGGCCAGAUGAAGGGUGUCUUGGGGAAGAUUCAAGCGAAGGUUCCUGGAGCCAAGAAGAAGCCGGAGUGACGCAGAUCUGCUCUUCACACUCAUCUCUGUCUCUGUCUCUGUCUGUCUGUUUUUUUUCUUUCAGUUUGAUCACAUGACUGCAUCAUCAUCAAGUUGCUCCAAUGCUGGUUGCAGAAUAAAUGAAAUAUCUUGUUUAAUAAUGCCAUCUGUCUGAGAACCGUGUCGCUCUGCACCGCGAGGACGUCUGUAGAUACUUUCUUUGAUAAUGAGGGAAAGUUGAAUCGUACCAUUAAUGGCUUUUUGUGGUGUUUUAGUUCCUAUGACUGUGAUUUUACUGUUCCAGUGUUGAUUGACUGGAGAGUUUCUCCAUCAUGUGUCAGACUCGGUAAUCUGUGCUAGACAGGAGUAGAUAUCGCCACGUCACCUGACCUGCAGGAACUCCUCUGGACGAACACGUUUACAUGCGACUUCCCUGAAAAGAAGUUAUUGUAUUUAAAUCUAUUUAUCUCUGGACCCGAUUCCUAAAGCUGCACUUGAAUAUCCCACGAGAGCCGAGCAUCGUUUGCUGUGCCAAUAACUGUGAAUGAAACGCGUCCGGUUGUUCUCAACUCUGUGGAAUGCAUUUUGACAUGUUAAUGAGUACCAAUAAAGCUUCGAACUGAA